UUUUUUUUCCUGAAUUCCCAAAGUUCUCCAAAAUAUCAGACUCAUAUACAAGAAGCUUGUGCAUUGGUGUAUACCAUGGACUUAAAAAUAUUCUUGAUUUUAUAGAACAUUCAUAAUACAAAACCUAUAAUCACUUAUACCCCCACACGUAAUCGAGCACAUAUACGCAUAUAUACAUAUACAUGUUCAGAUACAAUUACGAUGUUCUCGGUGAAAUUCUUCUUUAAUGUAAAUAAAAGUAAUUUAACGCAUAUUUGUCACUGUAAAAUAUAACAAAUAACACUAAUAACAGUACAUAUUACAUUGUAUAAAAGUGAGCGAGUUAUUUGUUAAUCAUAAAAUUUUGUGACGUGUCAUUGGUUAUCUUUCGUUUUGAUAUAGUAUUUUUAAUACUAUUAACUCGACGAUGGAAGAAAUUACGAGCUGGGAAGGAAUAGAGAAUGACGAAUUCUUCAAACAAUUUUUUGGUGGUGAAUGCAAAAAGGCUGAUAUUAGCCAAAUAUUAUCAGUGGCACAACAGAUAAACAAAUUAGGACAAGCUAUUGAAGUAUUAAAUGCAGAGCUGCAAAAACAGGUAUUGGCCAAUCAUAAAGAUUUAUUAUCCCAAGCAACAUGGGUUGAAAAAUUAGAAGGUGUACUAUCAAUAAUGCAAUCUCAUGUUCAGAGUCUUUUGUCAGCUACUGAACAUUUGCGUGGAAAAAUUGUUGAUCCAUUCAACAGAAUUGAGACACAAACUAUUGUUUUAGCACGUCUACAUGAAACUUCUGAUAUGUUACGAAGAGUAGCCAGAAUGCAACAUUUAUUAAAACGUUUAUAUUCUCAAAUGACAAAUAAUGUACAAGGUCCUGAUAUCAUAAAAGCUGCUAAUAGUCUACAUGAACUUGAACAGUUAAUGAUGGAUACAGAUUUGAAUGGUUUAGAUGUCAUUGCAGAUGAUCAGCAAGCUGUUAAAACUCAUAGGGCAACAGUACAAAGAAUAGCAACUCAUACUUUGUCUCAAGGUUUACAAAUGAUGGAUAGGACAAAAGUUAGUACAGCAGUUCAAGUAUUUCAAAAUUUAGGAAUUGUAAAAGGGGCUGUAGAUAAUGUUAUGGAUUCUGCUUUAUCCGAAAUUGAAAAAAUUGCUACGGAAUCCUUAGAUGUGACUUUAGCAACAAAUCAAGACGUAGGAAGAAGGGGAGCACCUGGGCGGGCAACUAUUCCUUCACCGGGUUCUUCUGGAAAUUUGCGUACACGAAUUUGGGAAAAUCUUGAAAGACUUUUCCAAGACACUCUCUAUACACAAUGUUUACAAAUUGAAUUACUGCAAAGAAUACUAUUAGAACAUCACACAAAAGGAUUGGAUGAUUUGUCACAACAAUUUUGGGACAAAGUAAAUGAUCUACUUUCUAAAGUAUUAGUUGAACGUGCUCAAGGAUCAUCAUUUGUAAAACAAGCAUUGGAGGGUGAAUACCCCAAGUUUCUAAGAAUAUUUUUAGAUUUAAGUAAGCGAUUAAAAGAAAGAUCGCAAAGCAUUGGCAUUUAUAAUAUUAAUCAUAACGUAUUGUCACCAUUUGAAAAUGCAUACUUAUCACGUUCCGUAUCACGCUUAUUGGAUCCAGUACACACUAUGUUCUCUGGAGAAGGAUUACCUACACAAGAUGAAAUUGAUAGCCUCAUCCGUAAAGUAACAAAUGAAUUAAGCGUCUCGUUGGUCGAUGAUGGUCUUUCUACAGUAGUUGCUCGUAAUGUAAGCAAAGCUAUCAGACUUUUUUGCUUAAAGUGUGAACAGGGAUUACUUGUGAGUGGAGAAGCUAGUCAAGUAAUUGAUUCUCCUACCACUGUACAACAGACAAACGUGUCGCUUGCAAACCUACUUUAUUAUCUUUCUAGUCAAAUAAGUCGUGUAAUAGCAAAUUUGUCUACUGGUUUGCCAUCUGAAGGAAGUACAGUAAUUUCUGUAGCUCUUAAGGAAACGGAUACAUUAACAAAAAAUAUAUUAGCACCGUUAUUAUCUUCUAUUAGCGAUGCCAUUGAAAGUAUUAUCUUAACAAUGCACGAUGACCCAGAAUUUCGAGAUCCGAGCAGUCCUUUAGGAAAAGAGAUUAACUGCUCACUCUACAUGCGUGAGUUACAAGGAUUUAUAUUACGUUCAGUGAAUACGUUUCUUGCACCAUAUAAGAACCAGGCUGUUGUUGCUGAUUGCUGUAAGACUGUUGCUUCACGGUGCAUCGAACUUUUUGUAAGACACGCUUGUUUACUGAGACCUUUGACUGACUUUGGAAGAAUGAAACUUAUCGUCGACUUUAGCCAGAUGGAAAUAGCUGUUGCUCCCUUAUCUAGAGGUGGACAAUUAGGUUCAUCAGAACAACAACAGUAUAGAACUUUACGAACAUUAAAAGCAUUGCUACCUCUUAGUCCUGAGGAAAUUGUUCAAAAAGUUUUGGAAGGAGCAGGAGAAAGUAGUAUACCUCCGUCCCUCGUUCUUUUACACUUAUAUUCUACUGCGCCUUCAGAAUUAGUAUCACCACAUCAGAGUGUAAGUUGGUCUGUAGGACGAUUAUCUCAAUGGAUGGAUAAGCAUCCAAACGAAAGAGAUAGAUUAGCGUUCUGCAGUGGACCAUUGGAACGUUAUCAGUUAACUGUAAGACAAGAUAAUCGCCCAUCGUUUCACCCAUUGUUUCCACUAAUGAAAAAGUUGGCUAAUCUGAACGAACAUUAAAAUUUGUAUCGUUUAUAUUACAUAUAAUACUGUAUGUAUUUUGUCAAGCAUUUUACACGUUUGUAAAAAAUAAUAUUAUUAGAUUCUGUAUAAAUAAUUUAUUAAGAUAAUGUGGAAACAAUAAAUUUAGAGAAAGACAUU